AUGCAGCCGAUCCGCCUGGGUGUCGCGGCGAUGGACCGCAAGGCGCGGUCCAAGCCGAUGCAGAACAUUCUGAACCGUAUUUUGGCGAUGGGCAACUUUGAGGUAGUCAACUUUGGCGACAAGAUGAUCCUCGACGAGGAAAUUGAUAGCUGGCCGAUUGUCGACGUGCUCAUCUCCUUCUUCUCGACGGGCUUUCCGCUGGAGAAGGCGAUCCGGUACGUCGAGCUGCGGCACCCCGUGUGCGUAAACGACCUGAGCCUCCAGACCGUGCUGUGGGACCGCCGCGCGGUGCUGCAGAUCCUGCACGCGGCGGGCGUGCCGACGCCGCGCAGCGUCCACGUGAACCGCGAUGGGGGCCCGGAGCUCGCGCCAAAGCUCCUCCAAGACAUUCAGGACCGCCUCGGGGUGAACCUGCGCGACUGCGCGGUGCCGAAGCAGUUCGAGAUGCGCGACUACGAUACGCUGAUUGUGGACGGGAAGGAGAUUCGCAAGCCGUUUGUGGAAAAGCCAGUCAGCGGCGAGGACCACAACAUCCACAUCUACUUUCCCAAGGAUCGCGGCGGAGGCGGCCGCCGCCUCUUUCGCAAGGUCGGAAACAAGUCGUCCGAGUUUGACGCGGACCUCGUCGAGCCGCGCUCCGACGGCUCGUACAUCUACGAGGAGUUCAUGGACGUCGACAACGCCGAGGAUAUCAAGGUCUACACGAUUGGCCCCGACUUUGCGCACGCCGAGACGCGCAAGUCGCCCGUCGUCGACGGCCUCGUGAAGCGCAACCCCGACGGCAAAGAGAUUCGGUACAUCACCGAGCUCUCGCCCGAGGAGCGCGAGAUGGCGCGCAACAUUAGUCUCUCGUUCAAGCAAUUCAUCUGUGGCUUUGACCUGCUGCGCGUCAAGGACAAGAGUUACGUGAUCGACGUAAACGGCUGGAGCUUUGUGAAGGGAAACGACGCGUACUACGACAAGUGCGCCGAGAUCCUCAUGGCCUUUUGCCGCAACAGCACGAUCGAGCGCCCGAUGCGCCGCCCGAGCCAGGUGGUGCAGAUGCUCGAAGAGACCUCGUCGUGGGUGCUCAAGGCCAACGUCACCGUCUUCCGUCACGGCGACCGCACACCGAAGCAGAAGCUCAAGCGCUCGUUCAAGGCGGGCGAUCCCGCCGCCGCGCCGAUCCUCGCGCUGAUGCACGGCUGCCGCGAGGAGAUCAUCCUGCGCCAGCAACUCGAGCUCGUGUCUGACGCGCUCGAGGCCUCGGCGCAGAUUCCGGGGGCGAAUGUCGACGACCUGCACUUUUUGAUCGAUGUGAUCCAGCGCAAGAAAGACAUGCCGGGCACCAAGAUCCAGAUCAAGCCCUCGUUCAACAAAGAAACGGGCGAGCUGGAAAAGACGCAGCUCAUUGUCAAGUGGGGCGGCGAGUUUUCGCACGCGGCCCGGCACCAGGCGCGGGACUACGGCAGCAACAUGCGCCGCGACAUGCUCAUCAUGAACAAGGAGGCGUUGAACAACUGCACGGUCUACACCUCGUCCGAGCGCCGCGUCUCGGCGAGCGCCGAGAUCUUUGCGGCAGCCUUCCUCAACGGCGACGAGGACGACGGAAACGUCAAGCCGCGCGAAAUGGUCGUGCGCAAGGACCUGCUCGACGACUCGAAUGCCGCCAAGGACCUCAUGGACAAGGUCAAGAAGGAGCUCAAGGCGUGCCUGCGCCCCGACUCGCCGACCGCCGACCAGCGCCCGGACGGCUGGCCGGAAGACCUUCCCCCGCCCGCGCUGAUGGGCGGCGAGAUCAAGCAGCUGCUUUUGAGCCUGCGCGAGACGAUGUACAAGAACUAUGCCGCACUGGACGUCGACAAGAUCCAGGAGCGCUGGUGCACGCACGAGACCCCGGCGCUCUUCCGCGAGCGCUGGGAGAAGCUGAUCCAGGACUUUGAGGACCAGCCGAACGAGCCGUCGCGGGCGAGUGAACUGUCGGAUAUGCUGUCGCACGACGGCCUGCACAACCGCGUCUUUUUGGAGCGCAUCUUUUCCGACGAGGGCGAGGAGCCGCGCCUGAACCGCCUGCACAACCUGUACCGUAUGAGCCUCGCGCUGUUUGACUUUGUGUGCCCCCGCGAGUACGGUAUCACGCGCGACGAAAAGGAGCAGAUUGGUCUGCUCACCUCGCAGCCCCUGUUGAAGAGCAUCAUUGGCAACCUCAAAGAGAGCUCGAAUGUCAAGGGCCUCUGUGCGCUCUACUUUACCAAGGAGUCGCACGUGCACACGCUCCUCAACCUCAUCCUCUCGUCAGAUCUGAACGUGAUUAUGCCGCGUCUGCCGCCGCUGGACUAUCUCUCGAGCAUUACGUUUGAGGUCUACGAACGCGAGAGCCCCGUGAGCGCCUCGUCGAGCCCCCUGACCAUGUCCGCCGCCGAGCCGUCCAAGCCCGAGCGCUCGCUCGUGAUCUCGGUGUCGGAGGGUGCGCACAGCUCCGAGGUACUCUUUAUCAACCUCGACGCACGCCACGCACUUACGCCAUUGCCUAGCCGGCCGCUUACGUCGCACAUGGACUUUGACUCGGCGAUCGCCAAGCUCUCGACACACUCGCAGAAGCGCCAGGACACCGAGACCGCGCGCGGACAGGUCGAGGGCGCGACCGUCUUCUUUGGCGAGCGCGACGAGGACCAGCGCGUGGUCCCGAUUCCCCGCAAGGAGGACGCCGACACCGACUAG